UGAAGAACCUCAUAUGAUUUUCAAAUCUGGCGAUUUCUUAUCUCUGGAGAAAUCGGUGCUUGUGACAUUGCUCAAACGCGAUGACUUAUCUAUGGACGAAAUCGAGAUUUGGAAUUCAAUUAUCAAGUAUUGGAAUGCCUCAAAUUUGGACAUCCAACCUGUAUUAAAAUGGACACCGCAAAAUUUCGAGGCUCUCAAAAAACACUUCAUCAAUGCAUUCCAUUGA